AUACUGCAUCUGCCGUAUUAGAUACUUCCUCUUCGCGCCAAAACCGACUAACGACAUAAACUGGUGGAACACUUCUGCGAGUACAAAGGAUAUUUAAAAGUAUUUAUUGCUAAAAGAAUACUUUAUCUUCAUACAAAAAUGGUUGGAAAGGGGAAAAUGUUUGUAAUAAAGCGUGAUGGACAUAAAGAGGAUGUUCAUUUUGACAAAAUAACGUCUAGAAUUCAAAAAUUAUGUUACAACCUAGACAUGGAUUAUGUGGACCCUUCUGCAAUUACUUUUCGCGUUAUUAGUGGAUUAUAUUCAGGGGUUAGUACGGUUGAAUUAGAUAAUCUUGCAGCUGAAACUGCUGCUACUAUGACUACCAAACACCCAGAUUAUGCUAUAUUAGCCGCAAGAAUUGCAGUAUCUAAUUUACAUAAGGAAACAAAAAAAAGUUUCAGUGAGGUAAUACAUGAUUUAUAUAAUGUAAGGGAGCAGUAUUCAAAUGAGCACAGACCUGUUAUCCAUGAAAAAUACUAUAAUAUUGUAAAAAAUAAUGCAAACAAAUUGAAUUCAUCAAUAAUUUAUGACAGAGAUUUUAAUUACAAUUAUUUUGGUUUUAAAACUCUUGAAAGAAGUUACUUACUGAAAAUCCAUGGAAAAGUUGUUGAAAGACCACAACAUAUGUUAAUGAGAGUUUCAGUCGCAAUCCAUGGUGAGGAUAUUGAAAAAGCUAUAGAAACUUAUAACUUUUUAUCGGAACGUUAUUUCACACAUGCAUCACCAACAUUAUUCUCUGCAUGUACUGUCAAACAGCAAAUGUCGAGUUGUUUCCUUCUGACAAUGACAGAAGACAGCAUAGAAGGAAUUUAUGAUACAUUAAAAAGAUGUGCGCUUAUUAGUAAAGCAGCUGGUGGUAUUGGUCUCAAUGUCCAUUGCAUUAGAGCAAAGGGAACUCCAAUAGCUGGUACACUUGGCAUAUCCAAUGGUUUAAUUCCAAUGAUCAGGGUAUUCAAUAAUACGGCUCGAUAUGUAGAUCAAGGUGGAAAUAAAAGACCAGGAGCAUUUGCCAUAUACUUAGAACCAUGGCAUGCAGACAUUUUUGAAUUCUUGCAUCUCAAGAAGAACACAGGCAAAGAAGAAAACAGAGCAAGGGAAUUAUUUUAUGCCUUAUGGAUUCCUGACCUCUUCAUGAAAAGAACACUCGAAAAUGGAGUUUGGACUUUAAUGUGCCCUCACGAAUCUCCUGGUUUGGCUGAUGUAUGGGGAGAUGAAUUUGAAGCACUUUAUACACGGUACGAAUCUGAAAAAAGAUAUAAACGUCAAAUUCCGGCAAGAGAUUUAUGGACUGCUAUUCUUGUGGCACAAGUAGAAACGGGAACUCCUUAUAUGUUGUACAAGGAUCACUGCAAUCGAAAAUCAAAUCAACAAAAUGUAGGAACGAUCAAGUGCAGCAACUUGUGCACAGAAGUUGUACAAUAUUCUAGUCCAAGUGAAGUUGCAGUAUGCAAUUUAGCUUCGAUUGCUGUCAAUAUGUUUGUGAAUUCUGCUACUAAAUCUUUUGAUUUUGAGAAACUCCGAAACGUAACCAAAAUAGUCACUCGUAAUCUAGAUAACGUAAUUGAUAUCAAUUAUUACCCAAUUCCAGAAGCAAAGACGUCUAAUAUGAGGCAUAGGCCUAUUGGUAUUGGAGUACAAGGACUUGCUGAUGCAUUCCUUUUAAUGCAGUAUCCAUUUGAAAGUGAAGAAGCCCAAAAACUUAAUAUUCAGAUAUUUGAAACAUUAUAUUAUGGUGCUUUAGAAGCAAGUUGUGAGCUUGCUAUGGAAAAGGGUACAUACGAAACGUAUGAAGGUAGUCCAGUUAGUAAAGGAAUUCUGCAGUAUGAUAUGUGGAAUGUUACACCUACUAAUUUAUGGAAUUGGAGUACAUUGAAAGAAAAAAUUGCGAAACAUGGAGUUAGAAAUUCUUUAUUAAUUGCACCCAUGCCAACAGCUUCUACGGCACAAAUUUUAGGAAAUAAUGAAUCGGUUGAACCUUAUACUAGUAAUAUCUAUACAAGGCGAGUACUGUCUGGAGAAUUUCAAGUCGUGAACCCUCAUUUAUUACGAGAUUUAACUGAAAGAAAUCUCUGGGAUGAAGGCAUGAAAAAUGAAAUUAUAGCAAAUAAUGGUUCUAUUCAGGGUAUAGAACGUAUACCAGAAGAUAUGAAAAUGCUUUAUAAAACCGUUUGGGAAAUACCACAAAAAGUAAUCUUAAAAAUGGCAGCUGAUCGCGGUGCUUUCAUAGAUCAGUCACAGUCAUUGAAUGUUCAUAUAGCUAAACCAACGACUGAAAAGUUAACUUCGAUGCACUUUUAUGGAUGGCAAAUGGGAUUAAAGACCGGUAUGUACUAUUUACGAACAAAACCGGCAGCAAAUGCACUUCAAUUUACAGUUGACAAAUCAAAAUUGCAAAAUACCAGCAUUACGUCGCUUAACCAGUCAAUUAAUUCUGUAAAAGAAAAUGAAGAUGAAUCUACUUCUGUACAAACAAAUGAAUGGAUAAAUAUUCAAAGUAACGAAGAAAUGGAUGCUAUGCUUGUGUGUUCCCGCGAAAAUGGAGAUAAUUGCAUAUCUUGUGGAUCUUAAAUUGUAAUCUCUUAAUCUAGUAUACAUAGUACUUAAAUUGAAUCUUUUUUACUUAGAAAUAAAAUAAAUUUAAAGCAUUUUAAGAUUUUGUAAGUAUUAUAUUUAAAACAUUUAUAUUGAUGUGUAAGUUUUGAGACGCUUUAAAAUAAACUAUUUUAUUGUUUGCCUUCCACUGUA